GAAAAGAAAACAGUGGAAUGGAAUUAUGGAAUAGACGCAGUACAACGUCUGUACCUGUAUGAAGUGAUUCACGUGCAUUACGUUUUGUUUUGAGAACGACAAAUUUAAACGAAUAAUUCAAUUAAUCUAUAAUGUGGGAUCAAUCAGCAAGCGAUUUUGGAAAUGGAACGAUGGCCGGUGGUUUCUUUAAUGCUGGAACUCCAGGAGGCACAGUUAAUACUCCUGGAGAAAAGAAGGGUGGAGCACAACGGGCUCAUAAUAUCAUUCCAGUUAAUAUCAAAGAUAUAUUGGAUGCAAUUGAUGAAAAACUAAAGAUAGAAGAUACUGAAGCCCACAUGGUUACGUUUGUAGGUACUGUAGAACAGAUUGAAUCCAAACAGACUAAUGUUUCAUACACUGUAAGGGAUGAUACAGGUUCUAUUGAAGUUGUUCAGUGGAUUGAGGGUGAAGGGAAUGUCCAAUCACCUUUUCAAGUUGUGGAAGGGAAUUUUUGUCGAGUUGUUGGAUCUAUUAGACAGACACAGGAUCGCCGUCACGUAAUGGCCUUUCGUGUUGCGAAACUAACAACUGCUAACGAAAUAACAACCCACUUGUUAGAGACGCAAUGGGUUCGUAUGAAGUUGAGACAGAUGAAGAGAAAAAUGGGAGAAGGAACAGGACAAUCAAUGAAUAACUCAGUGACGGGUGGUGGAAUGACUGGGCCUUUAGCUUCUUCAUCCUCAGCUACUUCCAAUGUGGCAAAUGGUAUCAUGUCAGGACUGUCAUCUUUUCAAUCUAUGGUUUAUACCAUCAUUCAGGCAACAACAGCGGAAACCGGCAUGGAAAAGUCGCAGAUCUACAAUUCUGUCAGAGGAAGAAUGAUCCCACGUGAUGUAGAUGCUGCUUUGGAAUUUCUUUGUUCUGAGGGACAUAUUUACUCUACGGUGGACGAAGACCAUUUCAAAUCGACCGAUAGCUAAACAAGAUUAAGAUGCACUGUACCUUCAUUUUCAUUAAAUAUCUACUAGAAUAGAUACAUUAUACUAAAAACUGUGUCGACUCAGUCUGCGGAAUUUAUCCUUAAGCUAUUAAUUCCAACUGUUCUGAAAUGGUUCAGUUCUGUCUGUCUUUCAACAUAAAAGCUUAAAUCGUCAA